AUGCCGGCUAAAGCAGCUCAACCAAAAAAGAAAGAAAAAGAGGCAUCGGCCAGUUCCGCAGCGAAAGCUAAAAAGAAGAAAUGGUCGAAAGGAAAAGUUCGCGAUAAACUUAACAAUAUGGUUCUAUUCGACAAAGCAACGUAUGACAAAUGUGUCAAAGAUUUGCCUCAAUAUAAACUUAUCACACCGGCCAUUAUAGUCGAACGUUUCAAAGUUCGAGGUUCUCUUGCUCGUUCGAUAAUCCGUGAACUUGUGCGUCGUGGUCUCAUUCGAGCUGUUGUUAAACAUAGUCGACAAGAAAUUUACACUCGAUCAAGCAAAGAAGAUGCACCUGGUGAUCUUGAUGCAGCUAAAGACGGUGCAGGUGAUAAGAAAGAAGGUGGUGGUGGUAAGAAAGGCGGUAAAAAAGCAGCUAAAGGUGAAGCUGCCGCUGCCGCUACUGCUGAAGCCAAUGCCGAAUAA